UCUCUCCUCUCUCUCUCUCUCUUCUCUUAAUCUUUUUCUGUAAAUACCCAAAAAAACAAAACCAAAACCUUCGCACUAACCUUCACACUUUCAACAAUGGGUCUCUUUGGAUUCUCUCUGUUUCCUCUCUGUUUUUUCUUCCUCAACAUUGCUCUGUUUUCGUCCCUCUGCUUUUGUGGUGACCCAACUGUUACCAAUGAACUUCACGUUUCUUAUAUAACCGUUUCUCCUCUGGGUGUUCCUCAAAAGGUUAUAGGUAUCAAUGGAAAAUUUCCAGGACCACUCCUCAAUGUUACAACCAAUAACCAUUUAUCUGUCAAUGUGUUCAAUGAAUUGGAUGAAGAUCUUCUCAUUACAUGGCCUGGUGUUCAAAUGCGGCGAAAUUCGUGGCAAGAUGGAGUUCUUGGAACAAAUUGUCCUAUUCCUUCUAAAUGGAAUUGGACUUAUCAGUUUCAAGUGAAGGAUCAAAUAGGGAGUUUCUUUUACUUCCCUUCAACUAAUUUCCAAAGAGCUGCUGGUGGAUUUGGUCCCUUAGUUAUCAACAAUAGAGAGGUGAUAUCAAUUCCUUUUGCUCAACCGGACGGAGAAAUUUCCAUCAUGAUCGGUGAUUGGUUUAUUAAGAAUCACACGGCGCUAAGAGCAACACUUGAUGCUGGAAAAGACCUUGGUAUACCAGAUGGUGUUCUUAUCAAUGGGAAGGGACCUUAUCAGUACAAUAAUACUCUUGUACCAAGUGGCAUAGCUUUUGAAACAAUUACCGUUGAACCAGGAAAGACUUACCGAAUUCGUGUAAACAAUGUGGGGAUUUCAACUAGUUUGAACUUUCGAAUUCAAAAUCACAAUCUAAUUCUUGUAGAAACAGAAGGGUUCUAUGCAAUUCAAACAAAUUUCACCAACUUUGAUAUCCAUGCUGGCCAGUCUUACUCUUUUCUGCUCUCGACCGACCAGAACGCGAGUACAGACUACUACAUCGUUGCUAGUGCUAGGUUUGUGAAUGAAUCGUUGUGGCAGAAGGUUACAGGUGUUGCAGUUUUGCACUAUUCAAAUUCCAAGGGUUCAGUAAGUGGUCCUCUUCCACCUCCACCAGAUGAUUUUUAUAACAAGGGGGCGUCGGUGUACCAAGCAAGAAGUGUCAGGCUAAACACAUCUGCCAGUGGAGCUCGUCCUAACCCUCAAGGAUCCUUUCGAUAUGGCACCAUCAAUAUAACUGACACUUAUAUCCUAAAGGUUACGCCACCAGUAACAAUCAAUGGCACUAAACGAGCUACCAUUAACGGAAUCUCAUUCCGUAAACCCGACGUUCCAUUCAGGCUUGCCGACAAACACGAUCUAAGAGGAAUCUAUAAGCUCGAUUUUCCUAGUAAGCCGAUGAACAGAACACCAGUCAUUGACAGAUCAAUGAUUAAUGCUACAUAUAAAGGAUUCAUUGAGAUUGUGUUGCAAAACAAUGACACUACAGUUCAAAAUUUUCAUCUGGACGGCUAUUCGUUUUUCGUCGUCGGGAUGGACUAUGGUGAAUGGUCAGAAAAUUCUAGAGGCAAUUACAACAAGUGGGAUGCGAUUUCUCGCAGCACAACUCAGGUUUUUCCUGGAGCAUGGACUGCAAUACUAGUAUCUCUCGACAAUGUCGGAACAUGGAACCUGCGAGCCGAAAACCUAGACAGGUGGUACCUAGGCCAAGAAACUUAUCUGAGGAUUGUCAAUCCCGAAGAAAACGGCGAGACAGAAACUAGCGAACCCUCUAAUGUUUUAUUUUGUGGUCCUCUCCAACAUUUACAAAAGUGGCAUCCACAUGCAUCGACUUCUGCGGCGGCUUCUACUUCAGGAUGCAGCUACCUCUUAGCAUUGAUCAUGGGACUUAUUGUUGUUAUUUUUCGCGUCUAACUAAGCUUCAAGUGGCAUUUUUUUUAGGACUACCAAGAAGUGUGAUUAGUAAUUUCUUGGUCUAAAGGAAGCAAACAUAUGGUUUUGAUUUUUUUUAGUUAUGUCAUACAAUUUGUAACACAUUUUUCUGGUUGUUUAUAUGUUAUUCAACAAAAUGUGAUUAAGGCUACUUGGAUUUGGUUAUUCUUAUUACAUGGUUAUAGAAUUGAGCUUCUUAGAUUA